AUGAAGAUAUUGUCAAAUGUUAGACAUGUUCCUGAGCUGGAGAGGAACUUAAUUUCUCUAGGAAUGCUGGAAGAAGCUGGUUGUUCAUACAAAGCAGAGAAAGGUACUCUAAAAAUCAUAAAAGGAUCGUUGGUAAUCAUGAAUGGAACAAGGGAUCAUGACAUCUAUCUUCUCAAUGGUCCAAUAGUGACAGGAAUGACAGCAAUGACUAUCCAAGCAUCAAGCCAAGCCAACAUGUGGCAUCAAAGGCUGGGAAAUGUAAGUCUAAAAGGAAUGCAAGUUCUAGACAGACAAGGAAUGUUAGGUGGGGAUAAGAUUAGUGAGCUUGAAUUUUGUGAGCACUGUGUGUAUGGAAAUAUGCAUAGGGUCAAGUUCUCUACAGGGAAACAUUUCUCAAAAGGAAUUAUGGAAUAUGUUUACAGCGAUCUAUGGGGCCCUGCAAAGAUUGCUUCACAUUGA